CACCCCUUCCCAGCCAGGGAGGCGGGAAAAAAGGCGAAAGCCUCGCCCACCGCCCCUGCCCCCAGCCCCGCCACUCCCAGGCUCCUCCGGACUGGGCACGUCCUCCUAGAUUGUCUCGGAGGGACCGCGCCGUGCAGACGUCAUGGAGGUGGUGCUGAUUUUCCUGUGCAGCCUGCUGGCCCCUGCAGUCCUGGCCAGUGCAGCUGAGCAGGAGAAAGAAAAGGACCCUUUUCAUUAUGACUAUCAGACCCUGAGGAUCGGGGGGUUGGUGUUCGCUGUGGUCCUCUUCUCCGUGGGGAUCCUGCUUAUCCUAAGUCGCAGAUGCAAGUGCAGUUUCAAUCAGAAGCCACGGGCUCCAGGGGAUGAGGAGGCCCAGGUGGAGAACCUUGUCACCGCAAAUGCAACAGAGCCCCAGAAAGCAGAGAACUGAAGUGCAGCCCUCAGGUGCAAAGAACCUGAAGGCAGCUGCUUGAACCUUUAGAUGCAAAUGCUGAUGCUUAAGAAAAACCAGCCACUUCAGCAACAGAUCUUUCCCUGGGAGAAGCCAAGAACUUGUGUGUUCCCCUGCCCUUUCCGCAGCCCCUCCAAUGCCUGUCCUCAACUUAAUGAUGCAACACCGCCUCCCCUACCUGCAGCCUGUGGUCUCAUCCACCUCCUGUGACGUGUUGUGUGUGUGUGCGUGCGUGCGUCUGAUGACUGUGGUCUUUGUGGCUGCUUGUUCGUGGAUGAUGAUGUGUUGUGGUGAACCUGGACUCACUUUCCUGGGCAGGAGCUGAGCCUUGUGGCCGUCAGCUCCUCCCUGCUCUCCGUGGCCCCAUCCCCUCCCACUUCCACGAGCCUGCUUUUUCCCUGAGAGGCCAGUCCUUCUCUGGAUGCAGGGAUGGGUGCAGGGGUGGGGCACGGGCGGGAGUCUCCAGUUGUCCUGGGACUUGGGAGAGUUUACAUCACGUUACAAUCAUCCUGCCUGGCCGCUCUUCACCCCUGUUACAAGCACCUUGCUUCCGUGGUCCUUCCUGGACCAAGUCUGUUCUGAGGUCUUUGGCAGUGGGAGGUUCCCAGAAAGAAGCUGGAAGCCCGUUUUGCCCUCAGGCGGCUACUCCCCUUCCCUGGUCCCCAUCUGCCCCACCCCCCACUUACUCUGCCCCCGGGGAACAUGUCCCUUGCCUGUCUUCUCAGCAAUAACCCCUUGGGCUCUGGAACCCUACUCCCCACUCCAGCCUCCCCGGCUCCCGAGGCUCCCAUCUACGGCCCAGCUCGCCUGGACUCAGACUCCCCGUCCCUGAAUUGGGUCUCUGGCAGGAGAUGACUGAGGGCUGCAUUCAGGUGAGGCCAGUGCUCUGGGGAGGGGCGGCAGGGAGAGCAGGGGUCCUUUGCUUCUCUGUCCACGUCCCAUUGGCCAGGCAGCAGCGGUGGCUCCUGGGCCCUGUGUUCUGCCCUUCGCUGGUCAGAAUGGCGAGGGCAGCAGCCGUGCUGCGGGUUGGAGACCGGGCAGGGCUCCGCGCAGCCCUGCUGCGGACGGAACAGCAAGAGGUUGAAGGCCGUGAAGAGAGUGGAAGAUGAGACCCCACCCCUCCCGCCCAUCGUGUUCUCGUGAAAACUAACCAAACCCAGACCGUGCCGCCGUGACCAGGACUGCUGUCCUCUGUGUUGUGCCCUCCUCUCCACAAUGACAAAAAGGAAUAAAAUACCACUUGUUUCCUAGUG